CUGGUUCCUUAAUAAUCACUUUGUUUGUGUCAGUGGGUACGAAAUUGUGGUCACUUUCAACGCAGUUUCUUUCAAUGACUGUUCCUAAAUGAAAUAUUAUUGGAUUAAAAGUUGAUUACUUUUUAUAGUGUUGAAAUUAUAUUCUUUCUAAGGACGGUUAACUGUCACAAGCUAAAUUGUGUUUGUGUUGAAACCUAAUAUUUUCGAGAUUCUAAAACCGAAGAUUGGGAAUUCUACAUUGAAAAAUGAUUUCGUUAAUUUUAAUAGGUAUCUUAGGAUUUUCAAUAUGGUACAAAUGGUUCAAACCGAUGAACCAUUUCACGGAAAUUGGCGUAAAGCAGACGACACCAUGGCCAUUUUUCGGUGAUCAGUGGCUUACCGCUUUUAAAUAUAUGAGUUUUAAUGAAUUUUAUGAAUGGGUAUACAAUCAAUUUCCAAAUGAAAGAUAUUCGGGAUUUUAUCAGUUUGCCCUUCCAACAUUAAUGAUCAGAGAUCCGAAGUUGAUCAAACAAAUAACUAUAAAAGAUUUUGAUCAUUUUACUGAUCACAGACCGUUUGUUGAUCCUGAAGCUGAUCCACUCUGGGGAGCAAAUUUGUUUUCUUUAACAGGUCAAAAAUGGAGAGAAAUGAGGGCUACAGUAAGUGGAACAUUUACAAGCAGUAAAAUGAAAAUUUUGUUCAAUUUAAUGAACGAAGCUGCCGAGGGUUUUGUCAAUUAUUUUUUAGAUCAAAAUGAGGAUUCACUUGAAGUUGAAAUGAAAGACACCUACACAAGAUACACCAAUGACGUUAUAGCCACUAUGGCGUUUGGAAUCAAAGUAGAUUCUCUCAACGAACCGGAAAAUGACUUUUAUCUUAUGGGCAAAAGAGCUACGAAUCUUAAUGGACUGAUAUCAAGAAUUAAAUUUUUAGGAUAUAUGGUUUUUCCAUCUCUUCUUAAGCUUUUAAAAGUUAGUCUAUUUCCAUCAGACGUUUCCAAAUUCUUCCAGUCUAUUAUUUACGAUAAUAUUAAAGUCAGGAAGGAACAGGGGCUUGUAAGGCCAGACUUGAUACAUUUUCUAAUGGAAGCCAACAAAAAAAAUAGCAAAAAUGAAGAGACUGAAUCUAUCGAGACUAGUUAUGCUUCUGUAGAAGAAUCAGCAGAUAUGGCUAAUUUUAAACAAAUAGCUCUAACUAAUCUGGAUAUUGCCGCACAAGCUGUAAUUUUCUUUUUUGGUGGAUUUGAUACCAUUGCCACUGUCAUGUGCUUUGGAUCAUACGAAUUGGCUCUAAACAAUAGCGUCCAAGAUAAACUUAGAGACGAAAUAGUAAAAACCAAUAAAGCGAAUCAUGGGAAAAUAACUUAUGCUAUUUUAUUGAAAAUGAAGUAUUUGGAUAUGGUUGUUUGUGAAAUAUUGAGAAAAUGGCCCCCAGCAGGAGGUAUAGACAGAGUAGUUACCAAACCAUACAUAAUCGAGCCAGAAUUGCCCCAUGAAAGGCCCCUUCAUUUAAAGCCAGGAGAUAUACUCAUGUUACCAAUUGGAGGCUUGAUGCGCGAUCCGAAAUAUUUCCCAGACCCUGAAAAAUUUGAUCCAGAGAGAUUUUCAGACGAAAACAAAGAUAAUAUUGAGCCAUAUACAUAUUUACCAUUUGGUUCUGGGCCUAGAAACUGUAUUGGUAAUAGAUUUGGUUUAUUAGAAGUAAAGGUUUUGAUAUAUCAUCUGUUACUGAAUUUUAAAGUUGAGCUUGGUAAGAAAAUGAAAGUUCCUUUAAAAUUGGAGCCUGUUUUCAUUCCUACAGCAGAUGGUGGAUUUUGGUUAACCUUAAAACGGAUUUGAAUUUUGUAAAUAGCUAUUGUAAUAUUAGGAAAUAUAAAAUUUAAAUUACC